AUGCAGGCUCUGUUAAUUCGUACGGCUUUAAUGUAUAAGUGCAGCGAGGGAUCGAUGGGCUACAUCGUUACUGUUGCGGCAGAGGAAAAUAAAUUUUUCAUCUGA